CAAUUGUCAUCUGAAGCUGGCCCGAAACGUAGAACCUCAUCUGGUUCAUUUGAGGCCAUUCUUUCAGCACAAAAAAUGGAGUUUAGACGAUGUCAUCACAACUUGGCCUAUAGUUAUGCGACAAAUGGACAUAACUUCAUGAUUUUGGCGCUCCACGUGGCAGUGCGCGAUGUAACAGAGAGAAGCAUCCUGUCGAAUUGGUUCGGCGCCCCUACGACCGAGCCUUCAUUUGCCCAAAGUUUUUUCUGUACAGUUCUCACGGAUCGACCCCUACUACUUUAUAUCGCCAAUGUAUACCCCGCACAUUGGAGCAAUAUAUUGGGAAAAAGAUAA